AAAAGGUCAGUGGUUGGUUUCGUUUCGGUGCCAUGACUUUUGGCAUCGAAACAACAUCAGCCACUAAGCUUUUCAAGAUUAACUAGAUAGAAGAUGGAUGGAAAACCUUUUGUAUUUCGAUUUUAGAAACAACAAAAGCGUCGCGCUUCGAUUGAUUGUGAUUGUGAAGAUAAACAGGAAAAUGCUACAUCACGCCGUCUAAGUUAACUUGUUAGCUCGUGCUUUUAACCUAGUGUUACCAUAGUUCCGCCUGUAAACAGUAAUUGAAUACUGCGGUCUCUUGAGAGCUAAUAGCUCCUAGGUAACCAAUGGGCCAAACACCAAAAGCGAAACGGAUCGCAAAAAAGUAAAACACCACGGGAAAGUUCGGAGGAGUAGUGCUUUUCAGCAGCAUCUCUUGCCAUUGUCACUGGCAACAUGGCUAGUCUAAGUGUCAAGCCUGGACAUCGGUUCAACAUGCCUGACUGGUUCACUAAUAGUAACCAGAUCUCCAUCAAUGCAGAAAAACAACGAAAUACUUCACAUUCUGUUCGCCAAGAAGCUAGGGCUCUCCGCAAUGAAACCAGCUGUCAGACCAAGUGGGAUGAGCAUGACAAUAAAACACGACUUGCUGAUCGUAUUGAUGAUGUGGACAAAUGGAAUGAAAGUCUCAAGAGAUGCUUAUCAGAUAUUGAUGCUGAAAUAGACGCUCUAACUAAGAUGAAAGAGGAGGCUGAGCGGGUCCUGGAAGCAAAGAACCUUGCAUUAGAUGUAGCUAUUGAGUGUCUAACUCUGCGAGAGAGUCGCCAGGCAAUUGAUGUUGUGAAGGACCCUGUAGAAAAUGAGCUACAUAAGGAGGUGGAGGUGAUAGAGGGCAUCAAGAAAGCCUUACAGCAGAAGAUAAGCCAAGCUUUUGAGCAUUUAUGCCUGCUGCAGGAAGCCCGACAACAGCUAAACCUGGACCAAAGGAACAAGGCAGAAGCCUUAGAGAUUGACCGGGUCUGCUUGUCCCUUAAUCUAAAUUCUCCAAACAUCUCACUGAAGCCUAACCCAACAAGAGUGCCACCAAGUUCCACAACUCCACAGCAGUGGGAUCAGUUCAGUCAGUACAACAAGGACCGUGCUGAGGCAGAAAUGAAAGAUUCAACUCGAUUGCGAGAAGAAAUCGUUGCCACCAUUGCCCAGACCAAUGUUGAACUUGAAGCUCAAAGAAAUGCUACUGAGUUUGCUUUCAGGAAGAGAAUCCGAGAGACUGAAAAGGCUUAUGAUGAACUAAAAUGGCAAGAAAAGAAUACACAGGAAGAGAUUCAAGAAAUGGAAGAAGAUAUCAGACGACUGGAAGAUGACCUUAGAGCAAAAAUGGCACCCCUAAAACUUGCACAUACCAGACUGGAGACACGUACUUACCGCCCCAAUAUGGACCUCUGCAGGGAUAAGGCACAGUAUGGAUUAACAGAUGAAGUCCAACAACUGGAAGGAACAAUAGCUGCCAUGAAAGAGAAGCUGGCACAAUCACAUGAUGCUUUGGAUGCUUUGUACAAAAACCUUGCCCGUAUUCAGGAAGACAUUGGCUACAAGAGCAAUUCUCUGAAGCUGGAGAACCAGUGCCUGGACAGCAGAAAGAAGCUUACUGUACCUGCUGGAAGAUAUGCUCCAGAGACAGACACAUUCAACCGUACCACCAACCGCAUUUUGUCACCAGUAAAAAGCAGGCUGCUUGAGCUGGCAUAAUUUGAGGGUGUUGGGUAGGCUGUAGAGAAGCUGUUACAAUGAAAGCAGUAAAAAUAGCUGUUACUAUAUUGGUAAUGACCAGACAAUUAAAAAUAAAGAAAAUGCUAAAUUUG